GCGAGUUUCUGUUAUUUUGGACGAAAAACCCGUAAAAACACAAAAAUAUCGAUAGCAAUCCAGAAUACAAUAAGAUGGAACACUUCUGCCGCCUCUGUCGCCGGAACGGAGAAUUCGAGUCUGUGUCCAUUCUUGAUUCAUCUCGCAGUGGAGAGAUAAUUGCUGUAAUUAUGCAAAAUUGUCUUCAGCUGCAGAUAGUGCCCGAUGAUGGUUUACCGCAGCAAAUUUGCAAUCUCUGUCAGGCGCAGCUGGAAAUGUUCCAUUUGUUGCGCAAAAUAAGCUUCAAUUCGGAACGGUACUUCCAACAAUUGGUUCAUCAGAAUAAGCAACAUUCUUCACCGAUGGUUAGCCUCCCUCAAGGGAUACCACUGAAUCCAGAAGUAGAUGAUUUCCCAAUCGCUGUGAAUCCGUCACAACCGAUCAAUUUACCGGAAGUUAAAAGUGAACCCACUGAUUUCAUGCAUGAAGGCCAUUCACAGCAGUCGUUCGAAAGCAGCUAUCUGCAUCAGGAUAUUGACAAUACAGAAAUUAAAAUUGAACCUACUGAAAUAAGCGAGGAGCCCGUACAUUAUCAGUCGACAUUCGAUAAUCCAUGCGAAACACAUCAGAGCCCAAAUCCAGCUGUUGCUUCAAAUAGCGGUGCUUGGGGUCGUACAGAAAUGAGCAUGCCACAUGAAAAACCUCAACCGCAAGAGCGCUAUUCUUGCGCGGAAUGCGGAUAUCAUUCACAGUAUAAAGCAAACCUGUACCGCCAUAUCAGACUUCGACAGCACAGCAUAUUGCAAUCACCUUCACAGCAACAAGAUGUCCUGAAAAUACGACAAAGAAGAAGACUCACACUGGAUGAAAUACUGGCUAACAGUAAUGCAAGCGAAAUGAAAGUUUACACCUGUAAUGUGUGUGGAUACAAGACCGCUUUUAAGGGAAACGCAGAUCGACAUCAGCGCAGUCAAAAUCACCACGGAAUCGAUGUUAGUAUCUAUGGAAGAAAUCGCUCCAGAAUGGACUGCCUCAUGAGCCAACGAUUAAAGUACGCACCGGAGGGAAACUACCAACCUACCAUAAGCACGAGCCCCCAUGUGAUGCAUCACUCCCCAGCCGAACCAUCCGGGCAGCAACAGCAGCAGCACUGCCUAAAUCAGGCAGAACGUGAGCUGCUGCAGGAAAUUCGAGAGGAAUUUAUGAAAAUAAAUGCCUGCAAUAGCAGCGGGAUGGAUUUAUUCGAAUAGCGAAUAUGUCCGUAACGUUUAGAACGGUUUAUGUUUGGUUCAACAGAUGCAUUUAUUUCACCUGUCACUGUAAGAAACAGCUUUCAAUCACUUUGAUUUUGGU